ACCCGCGGGUUUGAAUCUUGGAACUAGGCUUUGAACUCUGGCGGAGACGGAAUGGGGGCCCCGCCAUUGCCCCGGACGUGGCAGCUGUAUCUCAAAGACCACCGCAUGUCUACGUUCAAGAACUGGCCCUUUCUGGAGGGCUGCGCCUGCACUCCGGAACGGAUGGCCGAGGCCGGCUUCAUCCACUGUCCCACUGAGAACGAGCCCGACUUGGCGCAGUGUUUCUUCUGCUUCAAGGAGUUGGAAGGCUGGGAGCCGGAUGAUAACCCCAUAGAG